AUGGUCGCCCCCCAGAUUUUCGGCAACAUUUGGGCUAUCGUGCGAGAUGAAAAACUGUAUCCAAAUGCCCAUGCAUUCGUUCCGGAAAGGUUCCUGGAAGAGACGGAUGAUGUGACCAAGAAGAAGAUGGAUCCUAAGAGCUACGUAUUUGGCUUUGGUCGAAGACGAUGCCCAGGAGCCAACCUCACUGACAGCUCGCUAUGGUACUUGAUGGUCUGCAUGAUGGCUACUCUCGAUAUCAGCAAGGCAACUGAUGACUUUGGCAACGUGAUCGAGCCGAAGGUAGACUUCAAUAACUCUGUGUUCAGAAUUCCUGAUCCAUUCCAAGUCGACAUUCGCCCAAGGUCAGAACAAGCUCUUAAAGUUAUUUCGCAUUGA